UGUUGUCCUCCACUGAAUCAGAGACACAAAGAUAUUUGAUGGUAAAACAUCGACUCUAAGCAGAUAAACAGCAAAACAAACUCAGACAGAAGGAAAGAAAUCAAGUACAACUUGCAGCAGAGCUCAGGUGCAAAUUGACUUGCUUCCUCUCACUGAAAUGGACCUUCUCUCGUCACUCAACCUGGCGUGUUGGGCAAGUCUGGUUGCAUUUGUUUGGUGCAGGAAAGAGGUGUGUCUUCAGGAUGGACUUCAUAAAUCCAAGCCCGGUCCAGAGCCCAGUCUAAAAGAAUGUUCAUUGUACAAGAUGAACUCUUGCUGCUCGGAGCAGGACAUUGCGAACCUUACUGCUUCUACUAAAGGUUUAUUGUGGGACAGGUGUGGAUCUCCCAGUCCAGUAUGUAAGGAGGUCCUUAAAAGAGUUAUCUGUUUUUACCUCUGCUCUCCUGAUGCCACAUACUGGCCACACCCUCAAGGCUCCUCCCUCAGGGCGGUGCCUCUAUGCCAUAGCUUCUGCAGAGAUUGGUAUGAAGUCUGUAAAUCAGACCUCACAUGUGCUUGAGACUGGAGCAGUGACCCCAGAGGACUCAAUUGCACUGGCAGCUGCAUGCCUUAUCAACAGAUGUAUCAGCAUGGCCGAGACCUCUGCGAGAGCUUCUGGGGCGAUUCUUUUGUGGCAGUAGAGGAUGAAGCCGUAAAGGUCAAAGGUCACUGCUGUAGAUGUUUAAACCUAAAUGACUCGGACCAAGAGGUCAUAGCAGCUCUGAGAGCACAGAAGGAUGACCUGGAUAAACUAGACACCACCAAACACCAAGAAAACACCCUCUGCUCCCACGGUGUAGCCACAAUACCCCCGAAGGGGCAGUGGGACCAUGACAAGUCUGUGCUGCACAAACGCUCUGCUCCCUCUGUCCACGACUCUGAGGGCAGCGGUAGCGGCUUCAAGGGUAUCAAUCUGAAAUGAUUGGAAUUAUCUACGUCGUGAAUUAUGACAAUCGUACAAACUGUUCUAAAACUUGUGUUUUAGGUCACAUCUCCAGUUUCCUC